AUGGGUCAAUCAGGGAAGUUGAGUAAAGACAAGGCUGCUAAGCAAAAGAAAGCAAAACACAAAAAAAAGAAGGAUAAAACGAUAACUAAGGAGGCUGCUCAGCUCCACGUACAAGCCGCAGGAGAUCAAAAAGCGCCCAAUAUUAAUAACAAUAUUCAGGCUGCUGAUAACAAUAUUGCUAGCGAAAAUAAAGGACGCCCGUACACUGUUUCUGUUGCCGUGCCUGGCUCUAUUUUAAACAAUGCUCAGUCUCCGGAAUUACGUACUUAUUUAGCUGGACAAAUUGCAAGGGCUUUAGUAAUUUUUGAGGUUGACGAAGUAGUAAUAUUCGAUGAGAGCGGCAAGACUGUUAACGAAGAUGUUGGUGAAUUUACUGGCGUUACAAGGAAGGACUAUGAUCCUAACAAAGUUUUGGCUAAUAUUUUACAGUACUUAGAAUGUCCCCAAUACCUGAGGAAAUUUUUUUUCCCAAAGCAUCCUGAUUUACGUUAUGCCGGCCUAUUGAACCCCUUGAAUUCCACACAUCACAUGCUUAUUGAUGAAGACGUACCAUACAGGGAAGGUGUCACAUUGGACAGACCCGUCGGUAAAAAGGGUUCAUUAGUAAACUGUGGUAUGAGGAAGGAGGUAAGGAUUGAUCGACAACUUCAAUCCGGCUUAAGAGUAACGGUCAAAUUGGAUUCUGAACAAUCUUCAGAUAGUAAAACUUACAAAGGUACAGUUGUUAGUGCUGAUGCUCCACGGAUGGAUGCAGGUAUAUAUUGGGGCUAUAGAGUUCGAGUUGCACGAAGCUUAGGUGCGGCCAUUACAGAAUGUCCUUAUGAGGGUGGCUAUGAUUUAAGUAUAGGAACAUCAGAUGGAGGUGACUCUAUGGAAGAGUUAAAUUUGUCUUCUUUUAAACAUAUUUUAAUAGCCUUUGGAGGACUUUCUGGGCUUGAAGCAGCCUUGGAAAGUGAUGAAUCCUUGCGUUUAUCAGAUAUACGCUUACUAUUUGAUUAUUAUUUAAAUACCUGUCCUGGACAAGGAAGCCGAAUUAUCAGAACUGAGGAGGCGAUGUUAAUUAGCUUGGCCACAAUAAGACCGAAAGUAUUUGCAGCCGCUAAAUCGAAACUAAAUAAAUGA